UCGUUGCCCUUUUUAAAAAAAAACUCGAAAAGGGCAAAAUACUCGACACCUUCCCCAUAGAAUGCCAACCGAGAUACCGAACAAGUUGGGAAAUGCCCACUUCUUCCUCAUUGCAUUAUGUCUCUUCUUCUCUUGCUCCGAGCCGUCCACAUUCACUGUGACGAACAACUGCCCGUACCCGAUAUGGCCAGGGACUCUGUCGGGUGCUGGGUCACCUCCACUCCCAACUACAGGCUUCAGGUUAGAAUCUGGGCAGAGUGUCAGGAUCCCCAGCACACCUGGAUGGUCGGGAAGACUAUGGGCAAGGACUGGUUGCACGUUCGAUGAGUCGGGUGCCGGGACCUGCCAGACUGGAGACUGUGGAGGGAGGCUCGAGUGUGAUGGGAACGGCGCCAACCCACCUGCUUCCCUCUUUGAGAUAACCCUCGGGGCUGGCAACGAGAAAGAUUACUAUGAUGUGAGCCUCGUGGAUGGCUACAACCUUCCUAUAGUUGCCGUCCCACAAGGAGUAUAUGGCACAUGCAAUGCUACCGGGUGCACUUCGGACAUCAAUAUGGGUUGUCCUAAAGAGCUGCAAGUCGUGGGAGGUGAACAAGGAGAUCAAGGAGGAGUGGUAGCGUGUAAGAGCGCUUGCGAGGCAUUCAGGCUGGACCAGUACUGCUGCAGCGGAGAGUUUGCUAACCCGACAACAUGCCAACCUUCAUUCUACUCAACCAUCUUCAAGAGAGCUUGCCCUAGGGCUUACAGCUAUGCCUUUGAUGAUGGAACUAGCACCUUCACAUGCAAGGCUUAUAACUAUGCAAUUGUUUUCUGCCCAAACACAAACGGGGUGAAUAAAUCUGACAGUGCCUUACCUCCGCCAUCAUUUCAAGACCCAACCCGCAGUGACUUAUCUCCGCCAUCAUUUCAAGACCCAACCCGCAGUGACUUACCUCCGCCAUCAUUCCAAGACCCAACCCGCCGUACCUUACCUCCACCAUCAUUUCAAGACCCAACCAGCGGGAGAGUCGUCAAGAUGAUUUCUGCCUCCAAUGCCAUUCUACCAUUCAGAUUUGUGACCCUCCUUUUCAUUUUCUCCUUGCUUUUCCUGAACAGACCAGUUUAGUUGGCGGAUUAGCUGAGGAGCUCUGACUCAGGGGAAAGAGAGCACUGCAUAUGCCUGCUUGGAAGACUGAUUCAGAAUGAUAUAUAGUUACCUUACAGCGAAUAGGGAGGAAAGAAGCAAGAAGAAACUCCCUUAACAUGGAAAAUAGUGGGAUGUAGACGAAAAAUUCAGUAGCAAUACAUGGUACAUUGCGCAAUAAGUUAUCCGACAAUAUAUUGUACCGGAAGAACACAGUGAAAUAGAUUGAAACAGCUUAUACAA